AUGUCGAAGGAAGUUGAUAGUUUAGCUCACGGGGUGGCAGGUGGACUGGGAGGCCUGAUUUCUAUGGCCCUGACUUAUCCACUAGUCACUCUUUCCACCAAAGCACAGGCCUCGAAAAAGAAGAAUGAGGACACUAGGAUAACAGCUGAGGCGAUAAAGAAUCUUUACAAUGGCUUGGAGAGUGCACUGGUUGGAAUCACUGCGACAAAUUUUGUUUACUAUUACUUCUACGAGUUGACCGGGUCCGCUCUCAGAAAAGAUAAGGGUACCCCCACGACACUCAAAAGAGGACUGACCGCAUCCCAAAGUAUCUUAGCCGGACUAGUAGCCGGUGUUGUUUCCAGAGUUGUUACGAACCCAAUUUGGAUCGCAAAUACUAGACUGACCGUCCUGAAAAGAUCUUCCAGAAAAAGUGCCCCAAAAAACACUAUCCAGGUUAUCUUAUCAAUUGUGAGAAACGAAGGCUGGAAAAACCUAUUCAGUGGCCUGGUGCCGGCGCUAUUUUUGGUCCUGAAUCCAAUCAUCCAGUACACGAUUUUUGAGCAGCUCAAGACGCUUAUAGUUACCAAACGCAGACGCGCACUCAGUUCUGUCGACGCACUGAUACUAGGGGCCUUCGGAAAGCUGAUCGCUACCAUCGUCACCUACCCUUACAUAACGGUCAGGUCUCGGAUGCAUUUGCACAGUGUCCGAGACUCACAUUCGGCUCCUGCUACGUCAAGCUCGGAAACAACCGCGGCAGACUCUGUUCAGUCGCUUCCCGAUGACAUUGAGUCCUCGGCCCAACUUCACGAUCUUGAGAAGCCUAAAAAGGCACCAGGAAUGCUUUCCAUCAUGCUGGAUAUAGCAAAGAAUGAGGGAGUUUUGAACCUCUAUAACGGACUAAGCCUGAAAUUGCUACAAAGUAUUCUAAGUGCGGCAUUCCUGUUCUAUUUUAAAGAAGAGCUCGUCCAAAAAACCGACCUAGUGAUUCGGAAAGCUAAACGUGUCAAACAAAAUCCCUUGCCUGCAAAAGAUCUCGUUAUCUAG